GUCACCCCACACACGUAUGGGACCGUAUUCUUGUUGUCCGUCCUGCCGUCCUGCCGGUCCUGCCUGCCAUCCUGUGCAUCCUCUUGUCCAUUUGGUGUGGACGGUACCAAGCACUGCUGCGUUCAUAAAGGGCGACGCGACCCCCUGGCCGCCUGGUUUCCCACGCGCGACCCGUCUCAAGCCCCAUCCGCGACCGCCAUCGGUCUCAGUCAACCAUCUCGCCAGUCUCCUGCUGGUGACUGCCUGCCUACAUUUUUUAAUCUGCUGCCUCGCCACCACCAGCUUAUUUACACCCUCCUGCAUUUUGUUUACACCAAAGAAAACCACCGCACCUGCAGACCUGCAGACCUGCAAUGUGCAGUGUGCAGUGUGCAGUGACCCACUUUUGCGUGCAGCUUUGACACUUGAUCGUCUGGCAAAGAAGUAAUACUGUGUGUGUUUAUUUGCCCUCGACCCUCGACUCCUGCACCAUCCUGCAAGGGCCCAUCCUCCUCCUCAAUCCGCCGUCCAAGACGUUGCGGUACUGAGCCCAAAUCGGCCACAACACUCAUCCACAGACUCACCUCAAUGCAGCAAUUAUUAGAGUCUCUACUCAAUCGCAGUCCUCUUCUUGGCCAGCUGCUCAGCUUUGUUGACAUGGCCGGCCUUACAAAUUUCAAGAUCGCGCCUCAGACACCACCGCCAUCCCAAGGCGCCGACUCCAUGCCCCCGAAUGACCAUGCCGUCGCCGUCACUGGCCACCAAUCACCGGCUGCUCCAAUAUCGCCUCCACAGAACACAGAACCUAGGAAGCCAAGACAAAGACGCGUAAACCGCAUCACCCGGCCCGAACCUGGUUCUCUGUACGACAUACUCCAUGAGAACCAGGGCGAGUCGCUCUUCAUCAUCCCAAUAUGUUGGCAAGAUCAGCAUGCCCGUCUCCUUGGCGUGCAAUGGGACCACCACUCUACCAUCCACAGACCGGUCCCCGACUUCAAUUCCAUGUCCCUCAAGUACCCACAACGUCCGACAAAGGUCGCUACAGACUUGAGCAGCGAUUUAACCACCGUCCUGGCAUCAGAUCCCAGCCAUCUUCAGAUCGCCGCACUCAAGAGUGUCAUGGCGACACUUUUCCCCGCCACGCUUUCGAAGGCAAGGUCUGAUCUCAACCUCGAGAUUCGCUUCGGGGACCAGGUCCUGAAACGCGGUGUUCGUGUGCCCAUUGUAUGGAAGCAGUACGACCAGAACAGCCGUUCCUUCGACAGUGCUUCCACCAAGGUGGCGAGCUCCUACGGCCGGAUACCUAGCGGCAGUCAUCAGUCUUUUGCGAGCCAGAGCAGCGACUGCAGUCGCCGUAGCUCUCAGUCGUGCUCAGACCAGCCUGUGCUGGCCUUCAUCAACAGGACACAUCUACACCAGGUUCGUAGCAACCUGUACCGUGUGAUGCCCGGACCGAAUAACACCGCCAAUGUCCCGGUCGAUAAUCUCCAGAAGCUGCGGUGCAAGCGCCUUGUUCCGCAAAACGCCGACCAGGACUCAUAUCUCGUCGCCGUCAUGCUGGCCAUCGCUCAGUGGCAGUGCUACCCCCAGCGCUCCAAGUAUUCCCCGAGAUGGUCGUCGCAAAGUUCGUCUCAGACAUCUCAACCGGGCCAAGAUUCAUCCUUCACCCAGCCCGAGUUCCGAGAUGUUCCCGUCAAGAUCAUCACACAAGAUCACUCAUCCGCUGAGUUCAUCAUCUACAGCACUACUGUCUCCGCCAUCUUUCUCGAGCGGUUCGCCUACCCGUCAAAAGCCCCUAAAGCCGCUGACACGCAGGGCGGUGGCUUGGACAUCAGCGUUACGAGAGUACCGAUCUGGCCUGUUCUUGGACUGAAGGAGCGACUCGCCAAGGCUCUUGGCACCGAGAUUGCUGGUGACUUGGCCAGCCAUGACAUCGCUGAUACAGACAUCGAGACAUGGGAGACAGAGCAGGAACGAGCCUUCCGCCUCGGAAACCUGAAGAGGAAAAGGGAAGCGCUAUCGGAAGUUUUUAACAAAAGCUUCGAAUCGACGGAGGGUGCGUCGCCUGUCACGGUCGGCCUUGAAUCGGGGUUGGGUGUCACUGUCGCUUCGCCUCCGGUCUCGCCGCGGACGCCCAAACGGAGGCGCACACAGCCAAAUACCCAAUUGGAGGUCUGUUAGUCACCGGCAUCACCUCUUUAGUUGACACCUCCGCACUGUAUGCGAAGAGGCUGCAGAUAUUGGUCCUCGCCGGUUUGCAACCCGGAGGUUAAGGACACAGUAUGAGCAAGCUGAGGCCCUUUGGGGGUUGCCUUUCAUCCCUUCUAAGGCCUUUUGAGUUGGCUCAAAUCACGUCCAAUUCUUCUCAGUCGGAUUUGUUAUAUAUGAACCAUGACACAAGAGAGCGGGCCUGCCUCUUUAUUCGAUUUGCAAGGCAUUGGAUCGGGGUGGAACAGGAUUCUGAUAUUUGAUACCCUGGCUGCCUCAUGGACGGGAUCGUCAUGGGUGCAUGGGACGGCCAAACUCGCGUCGGCUUAUUAUGGAGUAUCACGGAACAGCACAUUCGCAUUAGACAGUUGCUGUCUAGCUGGCGUUGGGGGACAUGGAGACAAAGAUAGGCACAUUCAACAAAUACAACGCGGUAUCAUUCUGACAUGUGAAGAAGGCCUCUAGUUGUCAGUGACAAUAUGCAAGAGACUUCCGGUGGCUUGCAACCAGCGUGCCUGUAAUCCUGUCCAUGAGCACGUCAAGAAGACAACGUGGUGAUUGGGCAUGGACUUGAGCGUGCAAUGAUAUUUUCACAUACAUGGCGUCGGGGCAUCCGCCCUUGGGCAAAAU